UUUCAAAUCACAAACAUAAAGCUGAGCAAAUCGAAAAAAGCCAAAAUUCUGAAAACAUUUCAGAACAUUUUAGCUAGCACAAAACCAAAAAAAAGAUAAGCGGAAAUUGAAAACGUCUCUACUCAUAGUCACACAAGACGCGCAGCUGGAGCCAAGCAGCCAAGAUGAGCGCCAUCGAGGAGCAGGAACACGGACUGGCUGGCGUUUCGCAGGCGAAGGAUGCAUUGGACAUGGCCGCCAGCCGUAUCGAGGAGCUGGAGCGAAUCGAGGAGAAGAAGCUGAUGCCCAAAUAUCCGAGCGGCCUGCCCAGCGGCCAUUCCGUCUUCCUGCAGAAGCGACUGCACAAGGGGCACAAGUUCUUCGAUUCCGGCGACUAUCAGAUGGCCAAGCAGAUUGGCGUCAAGCAGAUUCUGGCCAACAAGGCGAUCACCGGCGACAUUAUACCCACACCCGAAACGGUCCCAGUGCGCAAGUACUCCAUUAUACAGCCCUUCAAGUAUGCGGCUAAGAAAUAAGCUGUCCUAACGUCUAUUGGGAUCAAAUUUGAUCAUAUUCAAUAUUUGUCUUAAGCUCGCUUUUUGGCUGACUUUGUCCGCUGUCCGCUUUUCGCGGCGGCACUUUUAUUUCAUAUCAUUUCAUACACAAUAUAAUUGCGUGUCCUCUCACACAACUAUGUAUAUUAACACAUAUACUUCUAUAACUGUG